AUGUUUCACAACACUCACAUUUGCGGCCUCUACUAUGUCGUUCCCGGCCGACGCCUACCCGAACGCAAAUACCUUCCCCAGUUGUCACUCUCAGCCAACACCAAGAUUGUGUCGUCGACGAGCCGGACUACUCUGACCCAGAGCUUCGUCAAUCCCCGGUCCGAGGUCAUUUCUGAACUCAGAUACACUUUCCCCCUCUAUGAUGGCGUCUCUGUUGUCGGUUUCAUUUGCACCAUCAACGGCGAGCGGGUCAUCCGCGGCGUCGUCAAGGAGCGCGCGGAGGCGAAGAAGACCUACCAGGCCGCCGUCGACCGCGGCGAGACGGCUGGCCUUUUGGAGCAGCUACCCGCAGCAAGCGAUGUAUUCACCACCACUGUCGGCAAUGUCCCCGCAAACGCAACUCUCAAAGUCGAAAUUUCGUACCUUGGCGAGCUGAAACAAGAUGCCGAAAUAGAUGGAAUCCGUUUCACUAUCCCAACGGGGAUCGCACCUCGAUACGGCAACUACCCCGGCGAGCUGCUGUCGAGUCCUGUCGACACAAAGGGCGGAAUCAGCAUCGUCGUUGAUGUGGAGAUGCCCGACGGGUCUAACGUCAAGAACAUCCAGUCCCCAUCGCACCCCAUCUCCGUGACACUGGGCAAUACCUCCGCGGGGGCCGCCAGUGGUGCCGACAUGUCUCUCCAAAAAGCGUCGGCCACCCUUGCCCUGUCAACCACGGAACUGGGCGACGAUUUUGUCCUUCGGGUGGUCGCCACCAAUACCGGUAACCCGAUCGCCGUUCUUGAGCAACAUCCCACACUUGAUAACCACCGCGCGUUGAUGGCUACCUUGGUCCCGAAGUUCAACCUCCCCUCGACAAAGCCGGAGAUUGUAUUCCUCUGCGACCGGUCCGGUUCCAUGGAAGGACCGAAUGUGAGACACCUCAAAACCGCCUUGCACCUCUUCCUCAAGUCGCUGCCCGUGGGAGUCAAGUUCAAUAUCUGCUCCUUUGGUUCGCGCCACGAGUUCCUUUUCGGUAACAAGUCUCAAACCUAUGAUCAAUCCUCGCUCGAGAAGGCCUCGCGCUAUGUCGACGGUUUCAGCGCUGAUUUCGGCGGCACCGAUAUCUACCAUCCGAUGGAAGAUGUCAUCAACAGACGCUACGCCGAUAUGGACUUGGAGGUCUUCCUGCUCACUGACGGCGAGAUCUGGGACCAAAGUGCACUUUUUGAACUGCUGAACAAAAAGGUAGCAGAGAGCAACGGUAAAAUCCGUGUAUUUACCCUGGGAAUUGGUAGUGGCGCCAGUCACGCCCUCGUCGAAGGCGUAGCCGCGGCCGGCAACGGUUUUUCGCAGUCGGUUGGCGACAACGAGAAGAUGAACACCAAGGUCGUCCGCAUGCUGAAGGCCUCUUUGAUGCCGCACAUCAACGACUACACGCUGGAGGUCAAGUAUGCCAACGACGUGGCCGACACUUCCGCAGACGAGGACUUUGAGAUUGUGGAGAAGGUCAUGGACGGAAUGACCAUUGACGUACGGGAAGUCGAGAAGGAUGAGGCGCCCAAGAAGCCCACCUCCCUCUUCGACGAGGCAGCCGACCCCGAUGCCGAGAUGCUUGACUCUUCCCUCGACGCUUCUGCGGGCGGCAAGUACUCGCAUGUUCCGCCCGUCUCGGAGCCGAAGUUCCUACAAGCACCAUUUCUCAUUCCCGCGCUUUUUCCCUUCAACCGUACCACCGUGUACCUCCUCCUCUCUCCGGAAACCGCUCAGAAGCAACCCAAAUCGGUCAUCCUCCGCGGCACAUUCGCCCACGGACCGGUCGAGCUGGAUAUUCCCGUCACCGUGCUGGCCGAAAAGUCCGAGACCAUCCAUCAGCUCGCCGCCCGCAAGGCGGUCAAGGAGCUGGAGGAGGGCCGUGGCUGGAUCUACCACGCCAAGGACGCCGCCGGAUCCCUCCUCAAGGACCAACACCCCGGCCGCUUCAGCGACAUGGUCGAGCGCGAGGCGGUCCGCCUGGGCGUCACCUACCAAGUCGGCGGGAAAUGGUGCAGCUUUGUCGCGGUCGAGGGGUCCCAGAACCCAAACGACCUACCCGAGCAACCCCCGCAAUCACCAACCCCAGAGGUUGGCUUCGCCACACCAUUUUCCUCCUCCACCAUAUCCUCCUCCGUCAUCAAAACCCGAUCCUUCCGCCACAGGAAGACGGCCGGGCGCAGCGCACCCCCACCCCCACCACCCGCCGCCCCCCGCGGCGCCAUGCUGAUGUCUUCGAGCCCUGUUCUCUUCUUCGGCGCCCCCCAGUACCCCGAUAGCGACUCGGACGACGACAUGGGAUUCGCGCUGAUUGACGACGGCUCGUCCGUGCCUGAGUCGAGCGUCGCCCUGACCAUGGCCGCGGCGUCGGCUGCGACUAGCCACUACCCCGAGGGCGACGACGACGACGACGACGACGAUGACAUGGGAUUCGGGCUCAUGGACGACGGCCCGGCGGUGCCUGAGCCUAAGCUCGCGGUGCGGGAGGAUGUGCUGGGCUCGCUGGUGGGGUUGCAGGCGUUUGAUGGCGCGUGGCGGUGGGAUGGGGUGGUGCCGGUGCUGGAGAUGCUGGGGCUGGGUAGUGAGGAUGGGGGGAAGGGAGCGGUGUUGUCGAAGAAGGCUGCUGCGGAAGGGCUGGGUGGCGCGUCGGAUGUGUUGGCCACGGCGCUGGUGUUGGCGUUUUUGGAGGGCGCGAUGGCGGACCGCAGGGAGGAGUGGGAGAUGCUGGCGGAUAAGGCUAGGUUGUGGCUGGAGGUGGCGUUGGUGGAUCGGCGCGAGAUGAGGAGCGUGGAUGCGUUUUGUGAGGAGGUGAGGGCUUUUUGGGAGAGGGAGAGGGUGGUUGGGUAG